AUGAAUCAAGAAUAUGAAAGAAUUAAAUUUAUUUUUUUGAGUUUGGAUAAGUUUAUUAUAAUGGUAUCAAUACAAUCAUACAUAGGAUUUAAAUAAAAAGAUAGCCUUAUAAGAUUUGAAAUUUACAUUUACAAAUGUACUGAAAAUAGAUUUAUUUUCAAAACUACCAUAGUUUUUUAUUUCUAAAGGCUUUAAUUCUAUUUAAUUAAAUUCUCAUCAAAGUUUAAGUGGGCAAGAUAUUUAACAUUUUGCCUAAAAAAAUUAGAAUUACCUCGAGAUUCUCGUCAAGUUUUAUGAAGAAGGAGCAUGA